GACGUGUCCGGCCUGUCAGCAACGUCAAACAACAUUUUAAAAACGCCUAUUGCAGCAGUGGUUUUAUGUGCCACCGCUGCAUAGUUUUUAAUAUAAAAGUUAACUAAAGCCUAAACCUAAAAUGUACUCCGUGUUGACAAGAGGAAAUGCGAUCCUAACGUACACAUUAAGCGUACUAGCAUGUCUAACCUUUUUGUGUUUUUUGUCCACAUUAACAGUGGAUUACAGAACUGCUGCCCAAAUGAACACAGUAAAAGUAGUCGUUAAAAACGUACCAGAUUAUGGAGCAUCAAGGGAAAGAAAUGAUCUUGGCUUCCUUACUUUUGAUCUGAAGACGGAUCUCUCUCACCUAUUCAACUGGAACGUAAAGCAACUGUUCCUGUACCUGACUGCCGAGUACAUCACACCUAACAAUGAAUUAAAUCAGGUUGUACUCUGGGACAAGAUUAUCCUCAGAGGUGAAAAUGCUCUCUUGGAUUUCAAAAACAUGAACACAAAAUACUAUUUCUGGGAUGAUGGCAAUGGUUUAAAAGGCCACAGCAAUGUAACUCUCACUCUAUCAUGGAACAUCAUACCAAACGCAGGUUUGUUGCCAAACAUCCAGGCUCUGGGCCAACAUUCCUUCAAGUUCCCCACAGAUUACACUCAGACGAGGGUAUGAUCCAUAAGUUACUUAUGAAUGUUGCAUUUUGCAUAGCUGGGGUGCCCAUAGAGUUGUGUUACAUUAAGAUUGUCAAAUAUACUGCUUUGUCACA